AUGGCGCCUUCACCCUCUCACUCGUAUGCCGAGAAUCCUCGAACGUUCAACCCCCACGCAUCAGCAUACAACAAGCGUAACGGAACCGCCAACACCGCCACAACAUCUCGUACAGCUUUGGCCUCGGGUGAAGCCUCCCAGCAACCAUUUGCACCCCGCAACUCGCCACAGCGCUUCCCUUCUCACUCCGGCGCACCACCACCGCCGCAACAUCGUCCCGUCGAGGCCGUCCAGAGCCGUGUGUACGGUCUCACAGUAGAUUUGCGCGAACCCAGCGCGCCCGCUUCCAAUUCUCCAGCCAUCGAUGAUGCCACUCGCAUGGCGCGCUUGCUCAACGAGCAGAAGCCCAAUUUCAGCGUCGAGGUGUUUGCGCCUUCGUUCGAUCACCGUGGCUACCCAGUACUUUCCGGUCGAGCAGCAACAAUGCGCGGCAUCGUGCGCAUGCCCGCCGCCACCGGUUGCGACGUCAUGAUGACCAUAUCUGCGCAUACCACUUCCGGAUCGCCCGCAGCCGUAUGGCAAGGCAUCGCCUUGGCGCCCUACUCCGCAGGCGGUGAAAAGGCCGUCUUCGAGACCAAAGACCGCCUGGUAGCCAACUACGAUCUCGUAAAGCCAAGAGCCGCCUAUGCGCCCAAGAACGAAGAGUUGAUGGAACCGCCGCAGGUCUCCAAAGACGACCUAGUACUGCCCAUUCCUUUCCAGGUGCAGUUGCCUAUGGGCAAGUCGACACGCUUCAUUGAUGGCGAGAUGCAAGCUGUGCCUGUUUCGCUUCCACCCAGCUUUGAGAUCAGCUCGAAACACGCGGCGCAGGAAAAGCGCGAGAUUCGUCUGGCCACCAAGGGGAAAGCGCGAGGGCCCAUGGCCAAGGAGCUCAUUGAAAAGGGUUUCAGCAAAGUCUACCGCAUCGGAUGCUACUAUCAAGUCACCUGGACUCUGAUCCGAGCUAACAACGACAAGCCCAAAAAGUCUUCGAGCAAGUCGGCAAAGGAACCUGCCGAAGGAGACUCGCUCACGCUGCCAUUCAUCUUUCUUGGCGAGCCGACCUCGAUGCCACCGCACCCGCCCACACUGCCAUCCACCAUCAGCCCCGACGUGUUCGUCGACCGCAGCACGACGUUGGGAGAUCAGUGGACCGUGCAUCGAUCCCAGGCGAGGUGGUCUGGUUCGUUGCUCAAGGCGUCCAGAAAGACAGUAGACGUGGAGCUCCACCUGCCCAACCCGCCCGUGCUUCAAGCGCCCUCGGUGCUUCCUGUCAUGGUGGUGUUGCGGCCAACGGAUCCCGCGCUGCUCUCGCAGGUGCGCACAAGAGCGCCGAGUGAGACGUCGACCGCGCCUGGCUCUCCUGCCGUUACACAUGUCGAUGACCCUAUCGAAACGGUCUGUUCGCCCGUUAUGUCGUCAUCUGGAUCGCCCAUCGCCUCGCCCCGGCCUGCAGCGUCGCCGUCGCUUCCAUAUCACCAACAGCAGCAGCAAUUCCACCGCGAUGCCGACACGGAAUCGAUCAAGACAACGCGGAGCAUAAUGUCGAGGUUCAUGAAGCCUUCGGCAAGUCUGGCGCGGCUGCCUGGAUCGUCGUCGCGCAAGGGUGGAUCGAGCAUCUUUGGUGGGCGACGCCCCAACACGGCACCGAGCUCUGGCAGCUCCGACACGGGUCUCACAGACGCUAUGACGGACCGCACGUUUGUGUCGGCGGGAGCCUUGCCAGAUCUGGUGAGCUUGGUGUGUGUCUCACUGAUCCAGACGACGUUCAGCAGCAACGACAACAUCAACGACGGACCCGAGCAUCGCCGAAAGCUGCUGUCGGUGGCGGAUUUGGAAGAGGUGGAUGUGCACGCGCUGCUGCUUAGCUCGGACGGUUCGGGUAGCCAGACAGGCUCUCGACCGGGUUCAAGCCGAUCGCAGUCAGAAAUGACGCAGAUCAACGAGGCGGCUGCGGCAGCUAAAGCGGCAGGGGUUCGUGUGCUGGUGGGCACGCUCAAAGUGGCGGGCACCACGCCGCCAAGCUUCCGAUGCCAUGGACUCGAGGUCAAAUACGCGCUCAAGGUGGAUCUGCUGCCUGCCAAUCGAUACGGUGGCAGCGAAGGCGUGGAAAAGGCGAUGCGCAGCUUGGGCAUCGGUGGACGCAGCCGUGGCUUUUCGGACGGCAUGAGCACGACAGCCUCGAUCCAUACGCAGACGCAAUUUACGUCAUUGUCAGGCGAUGGCAGCAGUCCACCUACGACGCCUCCCAAUGUCAUGUCCCCGUCGCUGUUCGGCACGCGCUCGCCCGUCAUGGAAGGUCAAGGUCCUGCCUCGAGAGCAAUGACGCGGAAUGCGGGCAGCCGCAAUGCUUCGCCUUUGAGCGGCAGUGGCAACGCCAACAACAACGCUCAGAACGUGGGCAUGGCCAUCUCGACUGCAGACGAAAGUGCGAUUGCAGCAGACACGGCCGAAGCGCAAGAGAUGCUAUCGCCGCAAAUCGAGCAAGGAUCUCGAGCACCGCUUGCGCCUUAUCCGCGUGCAUACCCGCAGCAACUUCAGCACCAGCAGCUUUAUCAACCGCAGAUGUCGUCACCCCCUGGUCGAGCAACACCGUCGGUGUACGGCUCGGGCAUGUCGAGUGCAGCGUCGACGCGCUCGGGUUGGGGAAGCGGCCACUCGAUCUCGGAGGCGUCGCAGAUGCAGAGUAGCAUCUACAUGUCGGAAUGGGGCCGCGAUCGCAAGACCGUGUCCAAGAUCAACAAGACGAUCGGUGAGAUGUGGCUCGACAUUCGCGUGGUGCGCGGCUAUGGCUCCUACUGA